AGCAGCGGCCGCCAUUUUGUGCGCGUCCGUGUUUUCCCCCACCCCCGCUCCCCUCUCCGUGGCGGCCGGGACGCCCCGCGCCUCGUGCCGGGCAGGCGAGGCGAAGCCAAGGCCUCGGGCUGGGCCUCGGGAGCCACCGGGGGCCGUGAAGCCGCGCCGCUCGCAGCGAGAGAGGAGGGAAAGAAGCGGCAGAACGGAAAAGGGGGGGAACGAGGCUUCGGCGCUGCCCCCCGACGGGAGGAGGAGUCUCGGCGCCAGGCCCGGGCGCGGCACCGGCAUGGAGAACUCGCAGCUCUGCAAGCUGUUCAUCGGCGGCCUCAAUGUGCAGACCACGGAGGCCGGGCUGCGGGAGCACUUCGCGGCCUACGGCACGCUGACCGACUGCGUGGUGGUGCUCAACCCGCAGACCAAGCGCUCCCGCUGCUUCGGCUUCGUCACGUACUCGGCGGUGGAGGAGGCGGACGCCGCCAUGGCCGCCUCUCCUCACGCCGUGGACGGGAACUCAGUGGAGCUGAAGCGCGCCGUGUCCCGCGAGGACUCGGCCAAACCCGGCGCCCACGCGAAGGUGAAGAAGCUGUUCGUGGGCGGCCUGAAAGGGGACGUGGGCGAAGGGGACCUGGUGCAGCACUUCAGCCAGUUCGGCCCGGUGGAGAAGGCCGAGAUCAUCGCCGACAAGCAGAGCGGCAAGAAGCGCGGCUUCGGCUUCGUCUACUUCCAGAACCACGACGCGGCCGACAAAGCGGCCGUGGUGAAGUUCCACCCGAUCCAGGGCCACCGCGUGGAGGUGAAAAAGGCCGUGCCCAAGGAGGACAUCCAGGCGGGCGGCGGCGGCUCCGCGCGGCCCUCGCGGGGCGGCCGGGGAGGAGGACGGGGUCGGGGCGGCGGCGGCUCCGGUAACCGGGACCACAACGGGCUGUCCAAGGGCGGCGGCGGCUACAACAGCUACGGCGGCUACGGCGGAGGGGGCGGCGGCGGCGGCUACGGCGGCUACGGCGGCGGCUCGUACGGCGGCGGCGGGGGAGGCGGCGACUACGGCAACGGGUACGGCGGGUUCGGCAGCUACAGCCAGCACCAGUCCUCGUACGGCCCCAUGAAGAGCGGCGGAGGAGGGGGCGGAGGGGGCGGCGGCUGGGGGGGCCGCAGUAACAGUGGACCGUACAGAGGAGGCUACGGCGGGGGAGGGUACGGGGGCGGCUCGUUCUGAGCCGGAACGCCCGAACCCGUUGGGCCGGGGCGGCUUCUCGACGGUUUCUUCCUCGCCCGCCGGAGGGCGGCUCCUUUUAAAUGCCUCCCCGCUGGGGGAGCAGCUCCUAAAUGCCCCCUGGGGGCCGCCUCUGCCGCCCGUGCCGCUUCUUUCUCUCUGAAGACGGACCGGGCCCCACACACACACAUACUUUGUGUUACAGUCAUUGAUGGACUCUAUUUUUUUAUUAUUACUUGGACCUUGGUCGUUUUUAUACUAGCAACGAAAAAUGUCUUGUUUUAAUUUGCUCUUUUUGGGGGGUACGGGGUGGGAAGCGUCUUGCCGAUCUGGAGUAACAACCGGGGAGGGCUGUGGGGAAUUCCUUUGUUGUAAGGACUCGAUACCUGGCUACUACGUUUUUUUCUACAAAGCCUACUCGGAUCCCAUGACUGAAGUUAACGUUUCUGUAAAGGAGGAAAAAAAAAAAGUCGUUUUUACGUUUUUUUUAUUUUUUAAAUAAAUCAUUGUGUUCAUUGA